GAAAAAUUCAUUAGGCCCUAUUCGCUCCUCUUUCACUUCCCACUCACACAAACACGCACAGAGCGAGAAAGAGGGAAGAAAGGAAAAUGGCUACCGGCGGUUUGAAGAAGCUGCUAACCUUGGCAAUCAACGAAGGAGUGUCUUCUGCAAGAGCUACAAUAUUCGGUCAUCAAUUGAACCCAACCGGCAAGAGAUCUCCCCAUAAGAUUCUCCGUAUGAAGCUCUAUGGUGAAAAAGUGGCCGCAUGGUACCCUCAUGAUAUCAACAAAGAUGACCCUCUUAUUAUGGCUCGUCAACAACAAGAACGCUUAUCGAAGCUUGAAAUGUUGAAGCGUCGGGGUAAAGGGCCACCCAAAAAGGGACAGGGAAGGCGUGCUGCAAAACGCAACAAAUAAAUUAUACUCUCCCCUGUCUUGGAUUCAUACUGUGUAUUGCUUUAAAUCAAAGACUAGUAGUUGUUUCUGCAAACACCUUGAAUUUGAUUUAUUUUAUCAGAAUGACAGGUUUCUUCUUGCCUUUAUCCUGGGAGAAAACUGAAUACAUUUGAGAGUUGAAACCAUUAGGCUAAUUUGGUUGGAGAUCUUUGUCUGUUUUUUGUGCCAUUAAAUUUUCAUAAAUUGAUGUAGUCCACCUUGAAUUUUGGAAUGUUAUCACAAGUUUAUAAAUAGCCUUUGUUAUAUUGGGUUUGUUA